AUGGCUAAUCUUAUCGGCCUCUCAUUGCAACAGAGGCUUCCAUUUUCCGCUAAUGUUUGUCCUGCCAUUUCAUCUUCCAUUCGGGCCGUUGAUUCUGUUCGUAAGCUCUAUAAGGUAGCAGCAGCAGCAGUGAAGAACUAUAGCACAAGAGGUAGAGCAUCCCGAAGAGCAGUGUUAGGCGUGGGAGCUUUAUUUUGGGCACAAGAUAUGAGUAUGUCUACUGCAAAUGGUGCCAAAUCUUUUAUCGCAUCUGCAAGACCGAAGGGUUCUUCUUCUGUUGAACAGGCGUUGAAGAAUGUUGAGUGGCCAGAACAGUUUCCUUUCAAGGAUGAGGACUUCCAGCGCUUUGACGAGUCAGCUGAUUCGUUAUUUUAUGAAAGUCCUCGCUUUGUGACACACAUUGAUGAUCCAGCAAUUGCUGCACUGACUAAAUAUUAUUCAGAGGUUUUCCCUCCCAGCAACACUCCAGGAGUCAGCAUCCUUGAUAUCUGUAGCAGCUGGGUCUGCCAUUUUCCAAAAGGAUACAAGCAAGAUCGGAUUGUUGGAUUAGGGAUGAAUGAAGAAGAGCUCAAGCGAAAUCCAGUUCUGACGGAGUAUGUUGUGCAAGACCUAAAUUUGAACCCUAAACUUCCAUUCGUCGAUGAUUCCUUUGAAGUCAUUACUAAUGUGGUCAGUGUCGAUUAUCUCACAAAGCCUCUUGAUGUUUUCAAAGAAAUGCAACGGGUUCUUAAACCUGGGGGUUUGGCUAUAAUGAGCUUUUCCAACCGGUGCUUUUGGACAAAAGCAAUCUCUAUAUGGACAUCAACUGGUGAUGCUGAUCAUGCCAUGAUCGUUGGAUCGUAUUUCCAUUAUGCUGGAGGAUUCGAACCUCCCCACGCUGUGGAUAUAUCACCAAACCCGGGACGCUCCGAUCCCAUGUACAUAGUGCAGUCCAGAAAAGCAUUGACAGCUUAAGAGAGUCUAGACUUUCAAAGGAUAUGGCAUCUUAUUUAUUCAAAUCAGUGGCCUAGUUUUGGUUAUAAAGGUUCAUACUCCGCAAUUUUGUAAACAAAUCGACUGUCAUUUCAUUCAUUCUUGGUGUUGUACAAUGUACAUUUUCAAUGUGUAUCUAAUUCAAUAGAAACACUUCCCUU